AUGCAUAUCAAGAGAACUUUUGGCCGUUCUGUCAGUGGCACCCCAGCCAAGACAACUGUCCCGAUGCAGAGAGGUGUGUCCAUCACCAUCCUUGCUGCAAUGUGCGAGAGAGGGAUUGUCAGCCUCUCAUUGAAGAAACCCACUGCAGUCAUAACCAAGAAGAAGAGAAAGUUGAACAUAUACACCAAUGUUGAGGUGAAUGGCCAAAUUGAUACCAGGACCCAGCACUACCUCAACUUUCUUAGUCAUACAAUGGACGUUCUGGACAGCCAGAGUAUGCAAGAAUGUUAUCUCAUCAUAGAUAACACUUCUAUCCAUAAGGCUGAUGAGAUGAAAGACUUUAUUUCUUCCCGUGGGUACAAGUGGGCAUAUCUUUCUGUGUAUUCACCUUUCCUGAAUCCAAUUGAGAAAAUGUGGUCCAAGAUCAAGUUAGAUGUCUGCAGAGAAGAGAUUGCAGAGUCAGAUGAUCUUAUCUUAAGGAUUACAGAAUCAGCUAAGACUGUCACCCUUUCGGACUGUUUGGGUUGGAUCAACCAUGCUAUUUCAUUCUUUUCUUGCUGUUUAAACAGAGAGCAAAAGCUUUAA